UGUUGUUUCAGUUUUUUGUUGGUUAUGUUUUCCUGUGCAAUGUUAACUUUGGUGUUGGAUUGAGUUGCCUGUUUGGGAUUUGGAUUGUUUAUUUGCUAACAAUAUUUAACUUUAUUUUUUAAUUGAAUAGUUGUGAUAUUAGUUAGAAAAUAGGUGUCACACAAAAAUGUCUAUGUCCUAUUUUGCAUCUUUUCCUGCAUUUUCAUGCAGUUCCUCAGAUGAUGCAUAGUUUGCAUAGUACUUAAGUAAACUGAAAAAGUUGAUUAUUAGUUAGAAACUAAUAAAAGUCCAGGGUAAAAAUGGCUAGUUCAUCAGUUUUACAACCUGAGUCUUUGGACUAUUCAAGCGAGGAGAAGCAAAAAGAAUCAACAAAUCAACAAAGAUCUAAGAGUAUAGUUGCCUUGGAAAAGGCUAUUGAAACUAUGAAGGAAAAAGGUUUAGAGGAUGACCCAAGAUAUGCACAGUUACUAGCUCUUCAGUAUAGAACUACUUCAAUGAAUGGUGCAUUUUCACUUUUACAAAUGAAACAACUUCGAAAUCAAAUAAUGGCUUACAGGUGUUUGGCAAGAAAUCAACCUCUUCCUACAUCAAUAACGUUGGGUUUGCAAGGUAAAACGUUGGAAAAGUCACCACAGCUACAUAACCUGUCAGGCAGUCCAAAAACUUCAAAUGAAAUUAUGUCUACUGGAGAUAGAUUGCAAGGUUUCUCUAACAUUCAGAAACAAAAAACCGUUGAUUCUUCAAAUAAGGAAGGCCGCAUAGCUCUUACUAAACCACAAUGUAUUGAUCCUGUAGUUCUUCUUCAAGAAAGAGAAUAUCGGGUUGCUGCUAGGAUUGCUGCUAGAAUUGAACAAGUUAGCAACUUACCAACAAAUAUGUCAGACAAACUUCGUAUUCAAGCUCAGAUAGAACUUAGAGCUCUGAGGUGUUUAAACCUUCAAAGGCAGCUACGAAAUGAGGUUUUAAGUUGUAUUCGUAGAGAUACUACUUUAGAAACAGCAGUUAAUGUUAAAGCAUUUAAAAGGACAAAACGUCACAGCCUACGCGAAGCGCGAGCAACAGAAAAAUUGGAGAAACAACAAAAACUUGAAGCAGAAAGGAAAAAGCGUCAGAAAAAUCAAGAAUUUUUGAAUACUGUGCUAGCCCAUGCAAAAGAAUUUAAAGAGUUCCAUCGACAGAAUCAAUCCAAGUUAUCAAAAAUCAAUAAGGCUAUUAUUGCUUAUCAUGCAAAUGCUGAGCGGGAACAGAAGAAAGAACAAGAAAGAAGGGAGAAAGAGCGUAUGAAGAAACUGAUGGCAGAAGAUGAAGAAGGUUACAGAAAGUUGAUUGAUCAGAAGAAAGAUAAACGUUUGGCAUUCUUGCUCUCUCAAACAGAUGAAUACAUCCUUAACUUAACUGAAAUGGUAAAACAACAUAAAGUGGAACAAACCAAUAAAAAAAGGGAAGAAGAAAGGCGUAAAAGGCGACAAGAGAAAAUGCAACAACCGGAUCGAAAAGUUACUGUGAUUGAAAUAGCUACUGGAAAUAAAAUUUCUGGAGAUACUGCACCAACAGUUAAUGAGUUGCAGGAAUGGUUACAGCUUCAUCCAGGUUGGGAAAUGAUAGAUACAGAAGAUGAAGACGAGUAUGAAGAACAAAAAAGAUACGAUGAUUAUGAUGCGAUUAGGGAAUUUGAUGCAAGAGAAGUGAUUAAGAAAGCUAAAGUAGAAGAUGAUGAAUACAAUAAGAACACUUUAGAAGAACAAACUUAUUAUAGUAUUGCUCAUACAGUAAGUGAAAUGGUGACUGAACAGGCAUCAAUUAUGGUCAACGGACAAUUAAAAGAAUAUCAAGUAAAAGGAUUAGAAUGGAUGGUCUCUCUUUAUAAUAAUAAUCUAAAUGGCAUUCUUGCUGAUGAGAUGGGUUUAGGAAAAACAAUUCAAACUAUUGGUUUGAUCACCUAUUUAAUGGAGAAAAAAAAGGUCAAUGGACCUUAUCUGAUCAUUGUUCCAUUGUCUACUAUCUCAAAUUGGAUGUUGGAGUUUGAAAAGUGGGCCCCUUCAGUAAUUAUUGUGUCUUACAAGGGGUCUCCAGCUACUCGACGGGUAUUACAGAGUCAAAUGAAAGCCGCAAAAUUUAAUGUUUUACUUACCACAUAUGAGUAUAUUAUAAAGGAUAAAGGUAUUCUUUCAAAGGUUCCUUUUAAAUACAUGAUUAUUGAUGAAGGUCACCGAAUGAAAAAUCAUCAUUGCAAGCUUACUCAAACACUCAAUACUCAUUAUGCAGCUCCUUAUCGUCUACUACUGACUGGUACACCAUUGCAGAAUAAAUUGCCGGAAUUGUGGGCACUUUUAAAUUUUCUAUUGCCAUCCAUAUUUAAAAGCUGUUCCACUUUUGAACAGUGGUUUAAUGCUCCAUUUGCUACUACAGGGGAAAAGGUGGAACUUAAUGAAGAAGAAACAAUACUUAUUAUUCGUCGUUUGCACAAAGUAUUACGUCCUUUCCUCUUGAGGCGUCUCAAGAAAGAAGUUGAAUCCCAAUUGCCUGACAAAGUUGAGUACAUUAUUAAGUGUGAUAUGUCUGGCCUACAGAAAGUUCUUUACCAACACAUGCAGAGUAAAGGAGUUUUGCUUACCGAUGGUUCUGAGAAGGGUUCCAGAGGAGGAAGAGGUGCUAAAGCCAUUAUGAAUACCAUUAUGCAGUUGAGGAAGCUUUGCAAUCAUCCUUUUAUGUUUCAAAAUAUCGAGGAAAAGUUUUGCGAUUUCGUUGGUAUUGCAGGUGGAAUUAUGUCUGGACCAGAUAUUUAUAGGUCGUCUGGAAAAUUUGAGCUCUUAGAGAGAGUUUUACCUAAAUUUAAGGCUACAAAUCAUCGAGUACUUCUGUUUUGUCAAAUGACAACUUUAAUGAACAUAAUGGAGGACUAUUUUAUUUGGAGAGGCUACAAAUACCUACGUCUUGACGGAAUGGUUAAGUCCGAAGAUAGAGCUGAUCUUCUUAAACGAUUUAACGACAAAGGCAGUGAUUACUUUGUAUUUCUACUAUCUACGAGGGCUGGUGGUUUGGGUUUGAAUUUACAGAGUGCAGACACCGUUAUUAUUUUUGAUUCUGACUGGAAUCCACAUCAAGAUUUACAAGCCCAAGAUCGUGCUCACCGUAUUGGACAAAAAAAUGAAGUGAGAGUGUUACGUCUAAUGACAGUUAACUCUGUUGAAGAACGUAUCUUAGCCGCAGCAAAAUACAAACUUAUUAUGGACGAAAAAGUUAUACAAGCUGGCAUGUUCGAUCAAAAAUCAACUGGUAGCGAAAGACAUCAGUUCUUGCAAAGUAUAUUACAUCAUGACGGCAGUGACGAGGAAGAAGAAAAUGAAGUGCCAGAUGACGAGACCGUGAAUCAGAUGUUGGCCAGAAAUGAGGACGAGUUUCAACUUUUCCAGAAAAUGGACGCUGAUAGAAAGGAGGAAGAAGAAAAGUCGGGCAAUAAAAAAUCUCGCUUGAUUCAAGAAAACGAACUACCUGAAUGGCUUUUAAAACAAGACGAUGAGGUCGAUUCCUGGAGUUUUGAGGACCCUGAAUCACAUUUGACAAAGAGGCAAAGGAAAGAAGUGGAUUAUGCUGAUAGUUUGACAGAAAAGGAAUGGUUGAAGGCUAUUGAUGAAGAUGGCGAAUUUGAUAAUGAAGAAGACGGAGAAAAGGAAGUUAAAAAGAAGAGAGGACGGAAGAAGAAAAGGCGCGAUGAUUCUGAUGAUGAAGCAGGGCCAUCAAAGAAAAGAAAAAUACAUUCGAAUAAUCCUGAACUAAAGUUGAAAAAGAAAUUGAAGAAACUUAUUGAUGUUGUCAUUAAUUAUAAAGACAGGGAUGACAGGCAACUGAGUGAUCCAUUUAUGAAACUUCCUUCAAAAAAAGAGUUGCCUGCUUACUAUGCUUUAAUCAAGAGACCGAUUGAUAUAUCUAAGAUUUUAAAUCACAUUGAGGAGGGCAAGUAUUGCAGUUUCUCAGAUAUGGAGCGUGAUUUUACAACUCUUUGUCAGAAUGCUCAACAAUAUAAUGAAGAGGCGUCCAUUAUUCAUGAAGAUAGCAUUGUCAUUCAACAGGUAUUUUCCAGUGCUAGAGAAAAAAUUGAAGCCGCACCUGAUUCUGAAGAUGAAAAAGAUCAUGAAGGAGAAGGUAAAGGCAAACACAAAAAAGAAAAAGACAAAGACAAGGUGAAGCGGCAACGUGGAAGACCCAAAAAGGUGAAGAAAGUAUCUGAAGGAGAGGAAGAAAAUCAAUAAAAUCAAUAAGAAAAAUGGAUAAAAUUAUAUUAAUUUAUAUUAAUUGCUCUUGUGUAUAUAAGAGUAUUAGAAGUAGACACUAAUAAUUGAAUAUUAAUAUUUUAAGCGAGUUUAUGUUUCCACACAGAUAGUAUUAAAUAAUAA